AUGCUUUUUUCCAACAGCAACACCUCUCUCGCGUGCCCUGACCGCUACAGCAGCUGCAGUGUGCCCCAAAAUCCGUCUAAUGGCUUCUGCCACACCUGCGCUGACUUCUGCACUUCAUGCGACAAGUCCCAGCUGCCUGCCCCGCCUGCAGCCAACCAGGGGAAGGCGGGAGUGUCUGUGGGAGCGAUCGUCGGGGCUGUGGUUGCCGCCUGUGCUGCUCUCCUGGGCCUGGCUUUAAUCCUCUACUACUGCUGCUCCAACAAACGGCAAGAGAAAGGAGCUGCUCGGGGCUUUGAGUACCUGCACAGCUUUGGCAUCGUGCACCGCGAUAUCAAGCCUGCUAACAUAUUGCUCAAUGGGAAAAUGCUGGCGAAGAUUUCAGACUUUGGGCUGGUGAGGAUGGGGGAGGGCACGGCACUGCAGACCACGCGAGUGGUGGGAACACCAGGCUAUGUGGAUCCCGCAUAUGCUGCUUCCAAUAAGGCCACCACCGCUGCAGAUGUAUACAGCUUCGGCGUGGUGAUGCUGGAGCUAAUGACGGGGCGGGCAGCCGUGCAAGAGUCGCUAGCCCCUGGGGCCGACGAAGAGCCCAACUGCCCCGUGACCAUCGUAUCCUGGGUGGAGCAGCAGCUACAACAAUCCAACGACAGCCCAGCCCCCUCAAGCCUCAAGGACCCGCGCAUGGAAGCUCGGGACGACCUCGUGCUGGCUGUGGUGCGGCUGGCGCUGCGCUGCACUGCCAGGCGCACUGCCGCCCGGCCGGACAUGGGCACAAUCGCUGCAGAGCUGAGUGCGGUGAUGGCUGAGUUGGGGGGGUCUAAGAGGAAUACAGCGGCGGAGGAGGUGGACAGGCAGAUGGAGGAGUUUGAACCCGCGAGAAGCAUGGAAGAGGAGUUUGCCCGGAUAAAUGCCCGGUUCCAAGGUAGUCAAAGUGACUCGUACGCUCGCUUAGACCUGGUUUGA